GAUUAUUCCAUCCAUUCCAUAUCCUAUCCUUCAACGUCCGAAACCUCAACAAGUUCGAAAGCGCACACACAAAUAACAGAAACAUGCGGAAAGCAAAUUUCCUUCCCAUCUGGGAUUUUUAAAGUGAAAACGGGGGGAGAAAAACUCAUCUAUCAAAAAAGUAGCUUUCCAAGCCUUUUUCCUCAGCCAAUCCACGACGACAAAAUUGGGAUACACCAGAAGAAUAAAAGAAAUCAAGAAUCAUAUAAGCAUUAACGGAUAUUGGGAGAUGGGGAAGGUGGCGGUGACGGUGGCGGUGGUAUGUGCGGCGGCCGCUUGCGCGGUGGCAGCGCUGGUAGUUAGGAAUCGCAUGAAGAGUUUGGGGAAGUGGGCUAAGGUUAUGGCCAUACUUAAGGAGUUCGAGGAGCAGUGUGGGACACCCACUGCCAAGCUCCGGCAAGUCGCCGACGCCAUGACAGUAGAGAUGCACGCCGGACUUGCUUCUGAAGGUGGCAGUAAACUUAAGAUGCUUAUCAGCUACGUUGACAACCUCCCCACCGGGGAUGAGAAAGGGUUAUUUUAUGCAUUGGACCUUGGCGGUACAAACUUCCGGGUACUACGUGUGCAAUUAGGUGGACAUGAAAAGCAUGUGGUCAAAAGAGAAUUUCAAGAGGUUUCAAUUCCUCCACACUUGAUGGCCGGCUCAACAGAAGCAUUAUUUGAUUAUAUUGCUGGUGCACUGGCAAGAUUUGUGGCUACAGAGGGUGAAGAUCUUUGUCUUCCGCCUGGUAGGCAAAGGGAGCUGGGUUUCACCUUUUCAUUCCCAGUUCAGCAAUUAUCUGUAGCAUCUGGGACUCUUAUCAAAUGGACAAAGGGCUUCUCAAUAGAAGAUACAGUUGGACAAGACGUUGUGGGAGAGUUAUCAAAAGCAAUGGAAAGGAUUGGUCUUGAUAUGCGUGUGGCAGCUUUGGUCAAUGAUGCAGUUGGAACCUUAGCUGGAGGUCGAUACAACCACCCAGAUGUUAUGGCUGCUGUUAUCCUGGGUACAGGGACUAAUGCAGCAUAUGUCGAGAGGGCGCAUGCAAUUCCGAAGUGGCAUGGUCUGCUGCCUAAAUCAGGAGAGAUGGUUAUCAACAUGGAAUGGGGUAACUUUCGGUCAUCACAUCUUCCACUAACUGAGUAUGAUCAAGGGCUUGAUGCUGAGAGUUUAAACCCUGGGGAACAGAUUUUUGAGAAGAUUAUAUCUGGGAUGUAUUUAGGGGAAAUUGUGCGUAGAGUACUAUGCAGGAUGGCUGAAGAAGCUGCCUUUUUUGGUGAUGGUGUUCCUCCAAAGCUAAAUAUUCCUUUCAUAUUGAGGACCCCUGAGAUGUCUGCAAUACAUCACGACACAUCUUGUGAUCUCAAAGUGGUUGGUGCAAAGCUAAAAGAUAUUUUAGAGAUUCCUAAUUCUUCGCUUAAAGUACGGAAAGUAAUAGUGGAGAUAUGCGAUAUUGUUGUCUCCCGUGGAGCACGCCUCUCUGCUGCUGCGAUCCUGGGAAUUCUCAAAAAAUUGGGUAGAGAUACUAUAACGGAUGGAGAGAAGCAGAAGUCAGUUGUAGCUUUGGAUGGCGGACUUUUCGAGCACUACACAAAGUUCAGAAAUUGUAUGGACAGCACUCUCCAGGAAUUGCUUGGAGAUGCUUACGAAAAUGUUUCAAUUAUCCAUUCAAAUGAUGGUUCUGGCAUUGGUGCUGCGCUCCUGGCUGCCUCUCAUUCGCAAUAUCUCGAAGUAGAGGAAUCCUGAUCCUGGUAUGAGCUGUAGUGCUGCCAAAAAUUGAUCUACUGCGUUGGAGCUCUAUAUUUCUGUCAUCCUUUCCCUGGGGGCAAUUGCAGCAGCCGAAUCAAGGAGAUGUCGCGAGGACCGGUUUAAUAUAUGGUCUAGCAGAGCUCCAAACUGAGCCAUGGACCCGUGUGCCUCUAGAUUUCUGGCCCGUAACUGAGACAAUGUCUUCGUAUUUUUGUUAGUAAUUCCCCCCCUCCCUCUUUGGCUUAAGAGUAGUGUCUUAAAGUUAAGGCUUUGUUGUAAGAUCAUUUGGGCAUUCAAGAUUAGGUAUAGUGCACAUGUAGAUGAUACUCUUUGGAUCAAAUAAAGUCCUGCGCAACAUAUUAAACGGACU